UGCGCUUGUUACCAAGGCAGCCGGGAGGAAGCUGCGAAAACGGGGAGCGGGGCCGCUAUGUGUCUGUUUUCUAAAAACUGGCCUCUCAAGUUUUCUCCUCUACUCCGAGUUCCUGUGGAUAACAUUUCGACGCAAUAACAUUUACCGAAGCGGGUUUGUUACAGCCUUAACGUGACAUUGUGGAGAAGUUUGUCGAAUGCGGCCACGUCGUGUUUUUUUAAGUGUAUUUUCUCGUAUUUUUAGUCGCACGGGAUCUCAUUAUUAGCUAGCGUUUUUGGUCCCAUUUUAGCUGCUUGUCACUCCUGCGUACGGACGUUUAGUUUUGCGACCUUAGCUUAUUUGUGACAAUGUAAUGGAAAUAAAAUCACAGUCUCGGAUAGAUAUAAGGAUGUCCACCCCGCGCCUUGUUUCCCACCGCUCCGUGGCAGCUAUGUUCGCCAGAACAGGCUAAUAUAAUCGCCGUUAUGGGCACCGCAUCCUCGUUGGUCAGCCCAGGGGAGGUGAUCGAGGACGGGUAUGGCGGCGAGGGAGGGGAAGCCUGUGAGAUCCCCGUGGAGCUCAAGCCCAAAGCCCGACUCCUCCGCAGCUCCUUCCGCCGCGGUCCCCGGGUCAUCGGGGCCAGCUUCAAAUCCACGGGCUCCGUGGACCUGGAGUACGCUGCCGAGUACGAGAGACUCCGCAAGGAGUACGAGAUCUUUCGCGUCAGCAAGAGCAACGAGAUCACGUCCAUGCAGAAGAAGGAGGCCAAGCUGGACGAGGAGAACAAGAGGCUGAGAGCGGAGCUGCAGGCUCUACAGAAAACCUACCAGAAGAUUCUCAGAGAGAAAGAAGCUGCCCUUGAGGCAAAGUACCAAGCCAUGGAGCGGGCUGCCACUUUUGAGCAUGACAGGGACAAAGUAAAACGGCAGUUUAAGAUUUUCCGUGAGACAAAAGAGAAAGAGAUACAAGACCUGCUGCGUGCAAAGAGGGAUCUGGAGGCCAAACUGCAGCAGUUGCAGACUCAGGGUAUCCACGUCUUUAGUCCCAAUGACUCCGACUCAGAUGAUAACCAAACCACUGUGACUGCUGCAGGAACCCAAUGUGAAUACUGGACUGGUGGGGUGCUGGGAAGUGAGCCCUCUAUGGGUAGCAUGAUGCAGCUGCAACAGACGUUCAGAGGACCGGAGUUUGCACACAGUUUAAUAGAUGUGGAAGGACCCUUUGCAAAUGUUAGCAGAGAUGACUGGGAUGCUGCAGUGGCCAGUCUCCUCCAGGUGUCGCCUCAUGUGCCCCAGGCCUUAUGGAGUAACGCCGUGCGCUGCUACCUAAUCUGCACACAAGACGCUAAAGCUGAGCUGGAUAUCUUUAUGAAGAAACACUCCUCGGUGUUACGGAGAAUGUGUGAGGGUCUGGGCCAUUUCUACCUAAACGUUUACUUCCCGGAGGAGACCGCUGCUUCAUACGCCGCGGUGCGAAAGCAGGAGAUCGAGCGGAGUUCAGUGUGUGUGCUUCUUCUCAAAUCCACCAUCACAAGCUGUGUGGUAGAAGAUUGUGAGGAGGCUUUUAUUAAGAACCCGGACGGACAUCCGCUGGUGCUGUACCUUAGGACCGAAGAGGACAACAGCUUGUCUGAGCCCGUCAGGCAGCUGCUGGAAAGGGUUAAUGCAGCGGACAAGGCCGCCAAAAUCAAGGUGGUGGAUCACAGCGGCUCUGCAGAAGAAGGCGCUCAACUCAUUUACGCUCAGCUAGAGAAGAUCAUCAAGCAGGAGUUGUUGGGUUUUGAAGGAGCCGACGAUGACCCAAAGGACUCCGCCCUAGACGAGGGGUGCGAGGAAGACUUGGGAGACGUGCUUUGGGACCUGCACGACGAACAGGAGCAGAACGAGUCGUACCAGCAGGCGUGCAGCAGCACCACCUCUCAUUUAGGCUUCCAGAAGUACAUCGAUCGUUUGAACGACAUGAUUGCUGCCCCCCCUCCCACGCCGCCUCUCCUGGUGUCUGGGGGUCCCGGUUCAGGAAAGUCCCUCUUGCUCUCCAAAUGGAUUGAGCUGCAGCAGAAGCAGUCUCCCAACACUCUGUUCCUUUAUCACUUUGUCGGCCGCCCGCUCUCCACGAGCUCGGAGCCCGUCCUCAUCAUCAAGCGGCUCACGGUCAAGCUGCUGCAGCACUUUUGGUCCAUUUCUGGUUUAUCCAUGGAUCCCAGUAAGAUCCUGGAAGAGUUUCCCCGCUGGCUGGAGAGACUGUCUGCCCGGCAUCAAGGAAACAUCAUCAUCAUCAUCGACUCCAUUGACCAAAUACAACAAGCAGAAAGGCACAUGAAGUGGCUGAUUGACCCUCUUCCCGUCAAUGUCAGAGUGGUCGUAUCUGUCAAUGUAGAGACGUGUCCGCAGGCUUGGAGGUUGUGGCCCACGCUGCACUUGGACCCACUGAGUCCCAGAGAAGUCAAGAGCGUAGUCAGUGCAGAGUGUCAGGCCGUGGAUCUCAGACUCACCAAGGAUCAGGAGAAAAAGCUGGAAAAGCACUGUCGCUCUGCGUCGACAUGCAACGCUUUAUACGUCACAUUAUUGGCCAGGAUGAUCACCAGCUUCAGCUCUGGCUGGUCCUUGGAGAAGAGCCUGGAGCAGUGUCUGCAGUGUCAGGACACCCUGUCUCUCUACCGCCUGGCGCUGAAAAUGAUGUUGAAGUUCCUCAACACAGACAGAGAGAGGCACAUACUGAAAGAGAUGCUGUGUCUUGUAUUUUCCAGUCACAACGGAGUGAGUGAAUCAGAGGCACUGGAUCUUUUCCCAGAGCUGGACUGGCCCACGCUGGCCUCUCUGCUCCACCACCUGAACAGACUCUGCAUUGUGACCCUCCGCUGUGGACUCAUCAGGUUUCACCACCUCCAGGCUUGUAAAGCGGUGAAGCUGGAGUUCCUAGGUGGAGGAAGCGGCUGCGCUCCGUACAGAGAGAAACUUAUCCAUUACUUCAAUCAGCAGCUCAGCCAGGACUGCGUGACAUGGCGAGUGGCAGACGAGCUUCCCUGGCUGCUCCAGCAGCAGGAGGACAAAACUAAACUCCAGCUCAGUCUUCUGAACCUGUUUGUCUCCCAAAACCUCUACAAGAGGGGACACUUCUCUGAGCUGCUGGCCUACUGGCAGUAUGUGGGCAAAGACAAAAGCUCAAUGGCAGCCGAAUACUUUGACUCGCUGAAGCGUUACGAGAAGAGCUGCGAAAGUGAAGACAGUAUGAAAAAGCUCGCAAACCUUUACGAGACUUUAGGUCGUUUUCUCAAAGACCUGGGCCUUCCAAGUCAGGCCGUUGCCCCUUUACAACGGUCUCUUGAGAUCAGAGAGACGGCCCUGGACCCAGACCAUCCCAGCGUGGCGCGCUCCCUGCACCAGCUGGCUGGAGUUUAUGUCCAGUGGAAGAAGUACGGGAACGCCGAGCAGCUGUACAAGCAAGCGCUGGAGAUAAGCGAGAACGCCUACGGCGCCGAGCACGUCGCCGUGGCGCAGGAGCUGGACUCCAUCGCUAUGCUCUAUCAGAAGCAAAACAAGUUUGAACAAGCUGAGAAACUCCGCAAGAGGUCAGUAAGGAUUCGUCAAAAGACGGCGAGGCAAAAGGGUCACAUGUACGGCUUCACUCUGUUGAGGCGCAAAGCCCUCCAGCUGGAAGAGCUGACCCUGGGGAAGGACUCUGCUGACAGCGCCAAGACGCUCAACGAGCUGGGUGUCCUUUACUACCUCCAAAACAACCUGGAUGCUGCCAAAGUGUUUCUGACCCGCUCCCUGGAGAUGCGCCAGCGUGUCCUCGGUCCAGAUCACCCGGACUGCGCUCAGUCCCUCAACAACCUGGCCGCGCUCCACACAGAGAGGAGGGAGUACGAAGCCGCCGAGGACAUGUACGAGAGGGCGCUGGAGAUCCGCAGGAAAGCCCUGUCGCCGGACCACCCCUCUCUGGCGUACACCGUCAAGCACCUGGCCAUGCUCUACAAGCGCAGAGGCAAGCUGGAGAAGGCCGUUCCGCUUUACGAGCUUUCUCUGGAUAUCAGGGAGAAAAGUUUCGGUCCCAAACACCCGAGUGUGGCCACAGCACUGGUGAACCUCGCUGUGCUCUUCUGCCAACUGAAGAAGCACAGUGAGGCCUUGCCACUUUAUGAACGAGCACUGAAGGUCUAUGAGGACAGUUUGGGCCGCUCGCAUCCACGGGUCGGAGAAACCCUGAAAAACCUAGCGGUGCUAAAUUACGAGGAAGGUGACUUUGAGAGGGCAGCAGAGCUUUACAAGUGUGCGAUGGAGAUUAAGGAGGCGGAGCCGUCGUUGGUGUGCGGCAACGCGCCGUCGCACCAUUCCUCCAGCGGAGACGCACUCAGUCUGAAGACGCCUGCUGCCCCACCACAUGCUGCGAGGUGACUCUGUGAACUGGGAAUCACUGCAGGAGGCUUUACCAUAAAACAGCCAGAAUGUAACACCCCCGCUUUUAUAAAAAAAAAAAAAAAAAAGGGUAUGGGGUAGUUCUGACCCUUUGUGAAGGCACAAGCAGGUGAGAAGGCUCUUUGGAGGAGAAACAACCUGCAUUAAAAACGGUACGCUGAAGGGUUCCCUCCACACACGCACUUCUGAUAAGGUUACAACCAAAUUAGUUUUGGCCUUUAUUUUCUCCAAUUUGUGGUGUUAAGUCUUUAAACAUUGAUGACCAGCACUAUCUGCACACCUUUCUUCACUUUUAAUCAGUGGAAGUAUUUAUCUGAGUGUUUAGUAUCACAGCAGCACUAAUAUAAAGAAAAGCUUUUCUCAUUGCUGCGGAUAGUUGAUAAAUUCGUUUAUGGUUGUAAUGUUUUUAAAACCCUCAGAAUCUUUUAAAUAAUUGUUUCUGAAGUUUAUCAAAGUUUACAUCAAUAGAGAUUCAAUUCUGUGUAUAAAAGUACCCUGAAUAUGUGCCAAUUAACACCUUUAAUUGCUUUCCGUUACAACUUUUAAUGCACUUUUAGUCGUAUUAUGAUAGUAAAACUAAUUCUGGUAAAACAGGAGCUUCUCUUAAGGAUUUUAAACUGCCUGCCCUCUAAUAACCAACAGGACCACGAGAUCUCAAGCACUUACUUUGUAAAGUUGACAUGUAAGUUGACCUGUUUACAAAGUUUCAAAGCUGUCAGUUUUGUAUAAUCUAAAGGGCAUUUUUAGAGUGAAGAAUUUAUAAGUAUUGUAAAUGAUGUUAAAGCACGUGUUAUUCUUACUUUUAUGUGUACAUUUCAAACGGACCCUGAAAAGCAUCCAGGACAGGGGUGUGCAACCAAGGGCCAGGGCCCACAGGGCCUCCAGCCCUGCUAAAUAAAACUCAUUGAGAGCUGCCAUUUUUUUAUUGUACCAUUUACAAAAAAAAAGGCAACUUGUCAUUUUAGAUUUUUUUUUUUUUAAAACUAUAGGGAAUUUGUUGUCAUUAAAAAAAACUUUGAAAAUUAGAUUUUCAAAUAAAUAAACACAGAACUUGGGUUGAUAUUUAUGGAGAAAAAUGUAAAAUAAAAAAUGUGCAUGGUUUCUAACCCAAUGACUGGUACUUUAGUGUAAUUCUGUUGUGUAAAUAUAAUGCAAUUAUUCCAUGGAAAAAAGGACAUUGUUAUUCUAUCUAUAGUUUAAACAUUAGUUUGUUCCUUUUCUGCCAAAGUUAUUAGGAAUCACUGUGAAAGUUGGGGCUCCAGAGCUGCGGGUUACAGACCUUUUUAUGCAAAACAAAAUAAACUUGGGUAGAAUUAAUUAAAACUAAAUAAACACUUAAAAUGUGUUUGUACAGCUCAUAGUCCUCUCCUAAUAUUGCACACAUUAAAAGGUUUAAUGUUCUCUCAGAAACGUUUUUGUGUUUCAUAUAUUCAUGUUUAGUGGAUCUGAAGUGUCAAAUACCACCUUUCUGUGGCUCAGUAAGUGAGGCCAUGGUCAUUUUUACCUCUUUAAUUUUUUAUUCUGUACAAUUCAACUGGAAAACAAACAAAUCUGCAAAAAAAAUAAUAGUUCAAUAACCUAAUUGAGUAACUUUGCAAACCCUUAAUAUUUGUUAGAUGAGAAUCUUACACUGGGAUCCUGUCUGCGCUCCAAAUUUAGGCAUUCGAUCUUGGGUAGACGUCAGUCACCGUGCCACAUGUCGAAUUUGUCCUCUGCCUUAUAAAGGUUUGACAAAUUCAGACUAUGAAAAAACAAAAACACUUCAAAUCUGAAGAAAAGUAAGCCCGUUCCAUGAUGCUGCCACCACCAAGGCACUUUGAAAGUGUGGUCUAAACAUGUGGUUACAUAUUUAAAAACAACAUAACACAAUCUUCCAGGUUAUGGUAGAUUUUAGCCAAAUCCAGCUGCUGUUUUGCUUCUCUGGUCUUUAGAGCAGACAUGGAGAAAACAGGAGCACGUUCUCGCAUUUAGAAAAUCAGAAAUAUUUUUGUUUCCAGUAAUCCAGGCAGAUAUUUUGCGGAGCGCGUGUCGAGGCUUGUGUUGGCGGCAAAAUUUGAAGCCUCGACAGCCAGCUGUACCACGGGACUAAUUCAUAAACUGACUCCCCCGUCACAUCUAGUUGUUCAAAUAUAUUUAAGUGUACAAUUACAAAGUAGUGCAAGCAGAUUCACAUCACAACCCACUUUCCAUUCAGCUGUUGUAUUCAAAAGAGAUUGUGAUCAAGGCCAGAAUGUGUCUGUUGGCCUCAUAUACACCGUUCAUCAUCACCGUUCAAAUUAAAGCUUUAAACAUCAAAGUCACGCCAAUCACUCUGCCUGUUGUGUAUUUAUUGUCCACUUGGUGGCGCAGUAGAGUAAAUGAACAGAGCAAUAGGCUGGAAAGCUUCAGUCCUUCCAAAGCCGUCUUCUCCAUCACCGACUUUAACCAAUUGUACUUCAAAUCCUCAAGACGACUAAAAGCUCAACUUGAAACUAAAGCGACUUUUUUGUUUUCUUCUUGAAUUUUAUAAGUCACCUGUUGCAUAAAACAUGUAAAAACAUUUUUAAAAAAAUACCUGCCAUUUUAACUUGUAGAUGUUUUCUGUCCACCGUAUUCAUGUUGCGAGUCGUAAAUCUGCACUGGAAAGUAUUUGAGGGAAGAAAAAAACAAAAUAGACUGAAUCUAAUAAAUACUUUAUUGAGAAAGUGUCCAGUGAGGCUGUAGCAGAAUGUCACACGGCCGAAGCGUCGGCGCGCUCAACAUAAAACGUUAAUAAACAGAUUAAAGAGCAUUUGUCAUGAGGAUCUGAUGUCAUUCCAAGUGUGAUUUUUGUUUGCCUGCAACCGGUUUCAUGCAGCGUGUGUCUUCAGCCUUUUAGUUUAUUCAAGAGUUCUCUUUCAUACGCAGACUUUUGGAUGAGAAUGUUAAAAGUAGCAUGAAUUCAGACAAAAAAAAAAAAAAA